CUCCUUUCUUCACGCAGCCAUGAUGACUGAUGACUUGACGCGUCCAAGGUACCACUGGUAGUGCUCUAGCUCAACGUGAGCUCGUCGGGGAGCCCGAUUGGUUGCAUGCUGCGCAGCCGACCGACGUCUGCUCCUCUCAGAGACAUGCCAUGACCGAUCAAUGAUUCAAACACGUCCAACGAUAGGUUGAACUUUCUCAUGACUAACCCCCUCCCUCAUCUGAAGCGCCGACAAGCGCCUGGAAAAUCAAAGAAUAAUCACGGAACUAUUGAGACAUUUCACUCCACGUUGAAAUGGCAAAGAGGACCUCGUUUGGGCAUUUUGAAAUGCAGCGACCGAUGCAGCCACCUCAAACAGCGGCAACAGCAUCAUCACCACUGCCAUCGGCCGCAUCCGAACCCAAACUACCAGCCACCACCAAUCCUGGCCCCGGACAGUUUGCGACAUUCCUAUCAUCUCAGUACCCCGGCAGCCGGUACGAGACGGAGCCGCUGAGCGGCGGGCUGGUGAACAUCACGGCGCGCGCGCGUCUUUGCGAGCCGAGCAGCAGUAGCAAUAAUGCCUCGCUCGAGGAUGGGGAGCAGCAGCAGCCGCCAGCAAGUCUCGUCAUGAAAUAUGCGCCGCCGUUCAUUGCGGCCGUCGGCGCGUCGGCGCCCUUCUCGCAGGGCAGGCAGGCAAGUAAUUACCUCAUUGCAUAUUGCCUCUCUAUCUGAUUAAUCGGCGUUGUCUGUCACAAAGUCGAUACGGUUCUGUUAAAGGUCGUGUGUGUUGUGUGUUCCCCUCUCCGGCUAUAAUACUUCAAUAC